CACACGGCCGCCACACACAGGGGACGGGAAGGGAGGGACGGACUUGAGAAACGGGAACUGGGUGGGGUCAAAUGCACCUGGUCGCACAGACGGGCACAGGGCGGCGGCAGGUUCCAGGUUCGUCUCGCAUCCCGCAGGCCCAGAGCCAUGGCAGCUCCAGUGACCCCAGGAUCCCUGGCACCCAUCCCAGUUGCGCCUGGCGACCUCUCGCGGGGCGGGUCCCGGGGCCCUCCUGAUCUCCCGGCAGAGCCCAAGCAGCUCCCUGAGCUGAUUCGCCUGAAGCGAGACGGAGGCCGCCUGAGCGAGGGGGACAUUAGGGGCUUCGUGAGCGCUGUGGUGGAUGGGAGUGCACAGGGUGCGCAAAUAGGGGCCAUGCUCAUGGCCAUCCGGCUGCGAGGCAUGGAUCUGGAGGAGACUGUGGCGCUGACCCAGGCCAUGGCCAAGUCUGGGCAGCAGCUGGAGUGGCCGAAGGCCUGGCACCAGCAACUCGUGGACAAACAUUCCACAGGGGGAGUAGGUGACAAGGUCAGCCUGGUCCUGGCACCUGCCCUGGCUGCCUGUGGCUGCAAGGUACCAAUGAUCAGCGGACGUGGCCUAGGGCACACAGGGGGAACUUUGGACAAACUUGAGUCUAUUCCUGGAUUCACCGUUAUCCAGAGCCCAGAACAGAUGCAAGGUCUGCUGGAGCAAGUUGGCUGCUGUAUUGUGGGUCAGAGCAAGAAGCUGGUUCCUGCAGAUGGAAUCCUGUAUGAAGCCAGAGAUGUGACAGCCACCGUUGACAGCCUGCCACUCAUCACAGCUUCUAUCCUCAGUAAGAAGGUGGUGGAGAACCUGUCUGCUUUGGUCAUGGAUGUGAAGUUCGGAGAGGCUGCAGUCUUCCCUAGCCAGGCAGAGGCCAGGGAGCUGGCGCGAGCACUGGUUGGUGUAGGGGCGGGCCUGGGGCUUCGGGUUGCAGCCGCUCUGACGGCCAUGGACAACCCCCUGGGUCGCAGCGUGGGCCACACCCUGGAGGUGGAGGAGGCGCUGCUUUGCAUGGACGGUGAGGGGCCGCCGGACCUGCGGGACCUGGUCACUAAGCUUGGUGGCGCCCUCCUCUGGCUCAGCGGACAGGCGGAGACCCAGGCCGAGGGCGCCGACCGGGUGGCUGCGACGCUGGACCACGGCUCAGCCCGGGGCUGCUUCGAGCGAAUGCUAGCGAUGCAGGGCGUGGACCCAGGCCUGGCUCGAGACCUAUGCUCCGGGACCCCCGCGCAGCGCCACCAGCUGCUGCCGCGCGCCCAAAGGCAAGAGGAACUGCUCGCGCCUGCGGACGGCACCGUGGAACAAGUCCGGGCACUGCCGCUGGCGCGCGUGCUGCACGAGCUCGGCGCCGGGCGCAGUCGCGCAGAGUCGCUCCAGCCAGGGGUGGGCGCCGAGCUGCUGGUCAGCGUGGGCCAGAGACUGCGCCGCGGGACGCCGUGGCUCCGCGUGCAUCUGGACGCGCCGGCGCUCAGCGGCCCGCAGCGCUGCGCUCUGCAGGGGGCGCUCGUGCUGUCCGACCGCGCGCCCUUCACCGCCCCCUCGCCCUUCGUUGAGCUCAUCUUGCCGCCGACCGACACGCAGCAAUAAAGCCCGAGAGCCGCAAA